CCUCAAGGCAGCCAGUCAAGGCUGGUACAGGAGCACUAGUGGGACGUGGACAGUGGUGUGUGUGCCACCCGGGGAGGGACAAUGGCUCAGGGUAGCAGGAGCAUCAACAGUGACUACAAGGAUUGGGAGUGGAGCGCCGGUGCCGGGGAACGGGCCAGGCUCCUGCAGAGCCCCAGCGUGGAGACAGUGCCAAAGAGUGGAGAGAGCCAAGGGAAUGGUCUGGGGGCCACAUCAGCUUUGGGAGCUGUCUUCAUUGUGGUCAACGCUGCCCUUGGGGCUGGGCUUCUCAACUUCCCUGCUGCCUUCAGCAUGGCUGGCGGCGUGGCAGCAGGCAUUACACUGCAGAUGUGCAUGUUGAUCUUCAUCAUCGGAGGCUUGGUCAUCCUGGCAUACUGCUCUCAGGCUAGCAACGAGCGCACCUACCAGGAGGUGGUGUGGGCCGUCUGCGGGAAGGUGCCCGGUGUGCUGUGUGAGGUGGCCAUCGCCAUCUACACCUUUGGCACCUGCAUCGCUUUCCUCAUCAUCAUUGGAGACCAGGAGGACAAGAUCAUUGCUGCUCUGGUGACAGAGCCCGAGGAAGCUGGGAGCAGCCGCUGGUACAUGGACCGCAAGUUCACCAUUAGCAUCACGGCCUUCCUCCUCAUCCUGCCCCUCUCCAUCCCCAAGGAGAUCGGCUUCCAAAAAUAUGCCAGCUCCCUAAGUGUGAUUGGCACCUGGUAUGUCACAGCAGUCAUUAUCAUCAAGUGCAUCUGGCCCGACAAGGAGCUGGUGCCUGUGGAGAUCCCCACCAGCCCCUCCACUUGGACUGCUGUCUUCAAUGCCAUGCCCACCAUCUGCUUUGGGUUCCAGUGCCACGUGAGCAGCGUGCCCGUCUUUAACAGCAUGAAGCAACCAGAGGUAAAGACCUGGGGGGCAGUGGUGACGGCAGCCAUGGUGAUUGCCCUCUUCGUCUACAUGGGCACUGGUGUCUGUGGCUUCCUGACCUUUGGAACCAGUGUGGAGCAGGAUGUCUUGAUGUCCUAUCCGUCCAAUGACAUCCCCGUUGCCCUCGCCCGGGCCUUCAUCAUCCUCUGUGUGCUGACGUCCUACCCAAUCCUGCACUUCUGCGGCCGGGCUGUCUUGGAGGGUCUCUGGCUCCGCUACACGGGUGUAACGGUCGAGGAGGACGUGGUUCGGGAACAGAGGAGGCGCCUGCUUCAGACCAUCAGCUGGUUCCUCCUGACGCUCCUCUUGGCUCUCUUCAUCCCCGACAUUGGCAAAGUCAUCUCUGUCAUUGGGGGCUUGGCUGCCUGCUUCAUUUUUGUCUUCCCAGGGCUCUGCUUGAUUCAAGCCAAGCUCUCUGAGAUCCAAGAAACCAGGGCAAUCAGCUGGUGGGCCCAGGUCAGCUAUGGGGUGUUCAUGGUCACCCUUGGAGCAUUCAUCUUUGGACAGACCACUGCCAAUGCCAUCUUUGUGGAUCUCACAGCCUGA